GUUGGCUCUGCUGUGCUGCGUGGGUUUGGUGGUGUUCCUGUUCCAGCUCCAGUUCCCUCUCUCUGCCUCUGUUUUUAUUUCAACCCCGUCUUCCCCCUUCCACUGACUCUCUUCCUCUUCCUUACACUCUGUCUCUGCUACACUCUCUUUUACUCCCUUCUGAUCUCCACCCCAUUCGCGUCAAUUCGCACUCACAUCUUCACCAUGGUCGGAAGCACGAGAGCCAAGCGCAGCGCCGGCGAGGCUGAGCUCGUUGAGCUGCCCGAGGACAGCGACGCAAGCGAAGAGGAGGAGUACGAGAGCGAGGGCUCCUUCAACGAAGAAGACGACGAUGACGAGGAGGACGACGACGAGGAAGCAGAGCCCGAGGAGGAAGAAGCCGCAGCUCCAGAACCCAAGGCCAAACGCCAAAAGACCCAGCCCGCUGCUCCAGAAGUCGUAGACGAUGAGGAAGCCAACGGCGAGGAGGAGGACGCUGCCGAUGGCGCUGACGGCGCUGACGAGGAAGAGGAGGUCGAAGCUCCCGAGGAGGAUGAAGAUGCACAGGACACGGCUACCAAGGGCGGUCCUGCGGCUGCCGCAAAGAAGAACCAGAAGGGCGUCACGUCGAAGGAGGACGACCUGGCUGAGGCCAAGGUGGAUGAGGACGAGAAGUAGAACGAGCAGUAGCAGCAGCUACUCGAGGAACACUCCGAAUCGUCAAUUGGAAGCAAGAGGCAGGGGCGAUGACAAUGGGAGCCUCGAGCGUGUAAUAUACGAAUCAGUGUGUGCGUUGCUGAAGCUGUGGUUCAGAAAGCAAUGAAAGUUGCAUUGAACAAUCCGAAAGUGCAUGAGCGCAACUUCCUUGGAUCUCGUGAGCUAUGGUGCUGCAGUUGAAGUAGGUGCAUCUGACAUGCCAGUAAGCGUGUCUAGCUCGACUAUUCUGGAUCAACAACAUACGCGC